AUGGAGCCUCAUCCAUACGAUCAGCUCACCGUGCAGAAUGUACUACAAAUCGUAUCCGGCAACCUCUCCACUGGUGGCACCCUCGUUCUCGGCCACAUAACAAUGGGCACAUUAGUCUCCGAACCAGGAUUCGAAACCCCUAUCAAUGCAACGAUUGUUCCGUAUGGUGCUGUUUACUCUGUAUUCGUGGUUAGCUUCAGAACGGGUUCUGCUAAAUACAAGAACCUUGAGGACAGCAUUUUCGUUGCGAGCGAGACCGUCGAAGCGCCUGGGCAUGGCGUUUUCCGGACCGGUCUUAGGUCAUCCAAUAUGGUCAAUCUCCGCACCCAAAAGCGCCUCGCGGCCUCCGUCGUUGGCUGCGGCAAGCGCAAGAUCUGGCUCGAUCCCAAUGAAAUGAACGAAAUCUCCAAUGCCAACUCCCGCCAGACGAUUCGCAAGCUCGUGUCCGAUGGUCUCAUCAUCCGCAAGCAGGUCACCAUGCAUUCGCGUGCGCGUGCGAGGGAGUUGACCGCCGCUCGACGGAUUGGGAGACAUAGAGGGUUUGGAAAGAGGAAGGGUACGAGUGAUGCUAGGAUGCCUAGGUAUGAAAUUUCUGUUACAGUGCAAGAGCUACAAAGGAGGGCAAUAAGAUUUGCAACCGCAGCCGUGGAUCUAGCGAAUUGGUCGGCUGAUUUUCUUCUCUCACUGUCUAGUCAAGUGCUCUGGAUGCGCCGUCUCCGAGUCCUCCGUCGCCUCUUGGUCAAAUACCGCGCCUCAGGCAAGAUCGACAAGCACUUGUACCACGAGCUCUACCAUCUGAGCAAGGGUAACACCUUCAAGCACAAGCGAGCAUUGGUUGAGCAUAUCCACAAGGCUAAGGCCGAGAAGCAACGUGAGCGUAUCCUGAAGGAGGAAAUGCAAGCCAAGCGCGACAAGACCAAGGCAGCACGCGAGAGGAGACAAGAACGUAUCCAGACAAAGAGGAACGCGUUGACUGGCGAGGCGGAGGAGGAGGCGAAGGAGUAG